CGCCCACAGCCACGACACUUCCCUGCGCUCUCGCGGGACGGACCGUGACUGAUGACGUCACUUUGUUUCUCUGAAGGUAUUUAAAAUGUCCCUUGUGAUUGUUUGUGUGUAGGAGCGAGUUGCUGGAGAGAGUGUACCUCUACACCCGGAAACACACCCGCUUCCUUUGAAGAAGGCGAAUUUGCGACAUGCGCGUGCAGCAACCCAACACGGAAGUGGCACCUGUCCGGUCCGUGUUCUGUUGCCAUGUCGCCUCGGUGGCAGCAGAGUAAUAAUCAUAAUAAUAAUAAUCAUCAUAAUAAUAAUAAUAAUGUGAAGAAGACUCUCGGUCUAACAUGAUCACAGCGCGGAUCGCCCUGAACGCUCGGUGUUUCUGGUCAGAACAGAACCGGAUCGUGCGCCCGGUUCCGACCUGAGAGAGAGAUGCGGGAUCCGGCAGUGGAGUACAGUCCGGUCGGUGAGGGGCUCGGGAUGCGGGAAUACUGGCUGUACGCGUGCAUGCGCAAAAUCGCUCUCGUGGCCGCGCAUUGUGUCGCUCUGGGCUUCACCGCGCUCAUCGGAGUUCUGUCCCGACCCGGAACAAGCCUCUUCUCAUGGCACCCGCUCUGCAUGUCACUCGGGUUCUGUCUGUGCAUGACGGAGGGAAUCCUGCUCUUCUCAGCUGAGGGUUCUCCAUGCUGCUUCAAGUCCCGUAAAGGGAAGGUGCGUACGCACUGGGUCCUGCAGGUGCUGCUGCUGCUUUUCGCAGCCAUGGGCCUCGGCUUCAUCGUGGCCAGUAAGAGCAAGUCAGAGCACCCCCACCUGGAGACCUGGCACAGCCUGUUGGGCGUCGGGACGCUGGUGGCUACGGCGCUGCAGGCGGCCUGCGGCGUGUGCCUGCUGUUCCCCAAGCUCAUCCACACCGUGUCCGUACCCCGGCUGCGGCUCUAUCACGCCACCUGUGGUCUCGUGGCCUACCUGCUGACCACAGUCACCGUCACCGCAGCCUUAUUCAGCAACUGGUUCCAGGCCACCGUCAAAGGGCCGAUUUGGUACGCCUUCCUGCUCCUGCCUCCUUUCCCUGCUCUGGUGGUGAUGAACCAAAUCACCAACACCUUCCUGCCUAAGAAGAAGCUCACAACGUGAACCGUCAUAAGUGCAAACUCGCACAACAGAUGAUCCCAGUUUUAGAAUUACGUUGGACUUUUACAGUGUUCCAAAACGAGCCGUACGCUCUCGUGGUCUUUUUUACGACUUGAGUUCACAAGUUGUGACGCGAUGUUGAGGAUUUCCAAAAUGGCGGAACUCAUAGCAGUCGAUGCCAAGUGUAAUUUCAAAUGAAAUUGAGACUUUUCUUAGCAAGACACCACCACUUCUGAAGAAAACUGUUAUAUUCCUUAGAAUUUUGUCUCAUUUCCACCAUCGCUAAGCCUUGACGACGUCCGUGUUAAACACUUCACAAUCAGGUGGAAACUAACGAGACGACACGUGUCCGUAAAUAGACAAAAUUUACAUUUUAUUUGAAGAAACCAUCCGGAAAACCAGGUGCACUUGAAGUGUGAUGUCCUGUGAAACAUACUUGCACAUUUUUCAAGGUGGUGUUCUACACUUUUGUGUGUUUGUUUAAAGAAAUGAGACUUGGGUUUAUUUGAGUAUUAAGUAUGUUUAUGGACGGAAUAACGUGUACCUUUAAACAGCUGUAUUAUGCUUCCACUUAAACGCGUGUCGAUCAGAUAUUUAUGAUCAUUUUUUAACCUUUUUAUUCCAGUUUACUCCAGGAAAGAACUUCAGCUACACAAUACACUUACCAAGUGUUGAGUUUGUCAACUUUUACGGCACUCUUUUGGCGUGAACAGGACUGUUUUAUCUUUGAUACGCGUGCUACUGCACUGAAAAUUAGCUGUCGAUAAAUAAAUGUUGACCUUACA